UCGGAAGCAAUACAAACGGCGUGCAGUAGCGGGAAAGAUUGUGUCAGUCACUUCAGAACGUGGGGCCACCGUUGGUUUGUUGAUCCGCUGGGCUCUUCCUGGUCUCUGCUCCUGGGUGUCUCCCUCGCGCUGCUGUUUUUGAGUUUUUGAGACCUUUUGGGUAGCUUUGCUGGCUUAGUGAGGAGUAAAAGAAAAGAAGGGGCUGGAGCAAGAGCAUGUCGCACAGGUCAUGUCAUUCCAUAGAAUAAACCUCAUCCCUGCAUUGGUUCGGAGCCCAGUGCAGAGAAUCCAGUGUCUGUUAAUCUGUACAUGGGCAGUGUGGGGGACCAGUUGAAUUGGCCAAUUUGGGUAAGUGGGAGCGGAGAAGGUGAAUCAGCUGGUGUUUCUGAUUGCACGAGUUUUCGACGAGGAGAAUUCAGAGAUCAGGAUGAGAGUGACGAGGAAUCGGUCUGUGAAGUGAGGGUUUUUCUAGCAGCUGGGAGAUAUUGGCUGGUAUUACCGCAAGGGACUUUUUGGAUGGAAGAGGGAUUGGAUUGAGUAAUUGAGGUGACUAUGACGCGUAGCCCGGGAUGCGAGUGCGAGGGGUUUGUGUUGUAGGAAUUAAGUGUAAAUUUUGAUUUGACUACCUCGUCAGCUAGGAUAUUGGUGGAAGAUUUGGUGUCGAAGUGCUUGUUGGGAGAUGGCGACGUAGUUGGAUUUGGUCAUGGAGGCAGUGGAAAGGAGAAGGGGGAGGAUGAAACUCUGUGGUGGAGAUUGUGAAGUAGCGAAGAAAAAGUUGACUCAAUUUUGUAAUCUUGAUAGGUUUCAAAGAAAAUUGUGAAGUUGGCAUUAGGGCAAGUGAUGCUGCCAGACAACAGGAUGUCUACCCCGAUUGCCCGGUGUUCAUUCUGUCAAGAUCAUUGGUUCGGAGUUGUACGAACAAACGAAUUUCGAAAUGUGUCGGUGCGUCAUUCAGUCAAUAAAUGUAAUUUUCGUAGAAGUAGCAAUGUUUAUGUGAUACCCAAUUCAUCUUCUUUGCGACCCAGAGCAUCAGGGCCCCCGCCCUUCAAUCCCUUGCAGUAUCAGUCAUACUCGGUUCCUUCGCUUAAUUGGCGUAACAAGGGUGUCCGGAAGUUGGAGGGGUACAUGUACAAGAAACCGGAGACUGUUCAGAGGGGCAAGCCUGCAGAGUUCUCAGAAUCGACGGUUGCAUCUCUUUUCUCCGAGCAUGCUGGAUUGCCGCCUAGACCACGAAGAAUAAUACUCGUGCGUCAUGGUGAAAGCUUAGGAAAUGUUGAUGAAAGUGCUUACACACGAAUUCCUGACUCAAAGAUCUGUCUGACGGAGAAGGGAUGGAAACAAGCAGUGAAGUGCGGGAAGGAUAUACGGGAGCUCAUCGAGGGAGACCAAAGUGAUGACUGGAAAGCUUACUUUUAUGUGUCACCUUACAAGCGCACGUUGCAAACGUUACGUGGAAUUGGAAUGGCUUUCGAGCGAGAGCGCAUAGCAGGUGUAAGGGAAGAGCCUCGUUUGCGAGAGCAGGAUUUCGGCAACUUCCAGGACAGGGAGCGAAUGAGGGUUGAGAAAGCUAUCCGUCUUCGUUAUGGACGAUUUUUCUACCGAUUUCCGAAUGGUGAAUCCGCUGCAGAUGUUUAUGAUCGCAUCACAGGGUUUCGAGAAACUUUGAGAGCAGAUAUUGAUGUUGGUCGAUUUCAGCGGCCAGAGUCACGCUCCAAGAACAUGAACCUGGUCAUUGUGUCGCACGGCCUGACACUUCGAGUGUUUUUGAUGCGUUGGUACAAGUGGACCGUGGAGCAAUUUGAGGGUCUCUACAACUUUGGAAACACGGAGAUGCUGGUUAUGGAGCUUGGACCUGGAGGCAGAUACAGCUUGACAAUGCAUCAUUCAGCAGAUGAGCUCAGAGCCUUCGGCAUGACUGAUGAUAUGAUAGAGGACCAAGAAUGGCAGAAGUUAGCACGACCAGGGGAGUUAAAUAACAAUUGGGACACUAUGGAGCCGUCAUUUUUCCACCACUUCGAUGCAGCUGCUGAAGGCCUGGACUUGGAUGCUAUUCCGGAUGACAUUAUCCGGAACCCACCAAUGAAUGGCUCCUCUCAAUCAAAUAGUUUCAAAUACUACAAAGAGUAACUGUUUUAGGUCUAUCAUUGAUUGCUUCCAAUCUCUAGUGAAUUUUCUUAAAUGAAGAUAGAGCAGUGCUUGGUGGAGGACAAAGGAUCUGAAACUCCCUGCCUUUUCGACAUAGAGCCAGUCGUGCUCCGUGUAUUCGAUCUAAGAACAUGCAUGGCAGAACUUGGGUAAGUGACAACUUCAUACCCAACAGAGUUUUAAGAUGGAGCAGUUGGGCACUGGGUCAGCAGACCACAACGAAAAGAUUUGACCAGCUUAUAAUCAUUACAGAUUAUAAGCCAUAUUGAAGUGAAGAGAGCAUACUCUGGAAGUACCACUGGCUUGGCAGCAGUUGCAUAUUAUUCAAUUGAAAGUGGUGUGUAGAAUAGUGCUUUGAUCGGAGGAUGAAAGACGGAUCGUAAUGGUUUAUCAAGUGGAAUCAUAAUAUUCAUAAAGCAGGAACUCUGCCAUUGUUUGAUUGAAAAUCAGCAGGUGCUAUGAAAAAGUAUCCCCGUGUUUUUUAA